AUGUCUUCUAAGGAUAAAUACUUGGGUUUUCCUCUCAUUGUGGGUCACUCAAAACAAGAGGCUUUCAAGAGCAUCAAAGAAAGUUUUGAAACAAGAUUAUCUACUUGGUCUGCAAUUAAUCUCUCUCAAGUUGGAAAAGGUACCAUGAUUAAACAUGUCCUUAACUCAAUUCCAGUUUAUCAAAUGGGCACCUUUAAACUCCCCGACAAUCUCAUAAGUCAGCUUACAACAAUUGAAAGGAAGUUCUUUCGGGGACACAAAACCAACAGGGGCUCCAAUCCAAUUGCAUGGCAGAAUUUGUGUGUUUUCAAAGAUUUUGGAGGCCUUGCCUUUAGAGAUCUGGAAAAGCUCAAUUUAGACUUGCUGACCAAGUUAGCAUGGAGGAUUUGCACUGAGUCAAGUCAUCUAAUGGUGCAGAUUUUGAGCAGCAAAUAUUUCAAAACUAAAGACAUUCUUCAUCAAAAUAUUGAAGCAAAAAACUGCUCCUUCACUUGGAAUGGAAUUACUAAGGGCUUAAAGAUUGUGCAGCCAAAUUAUUUCAUGGAAGUAAAUAAUGGUGAAGACACCAAAAUAUGGCAAGACAAAUGGAUCUCAGGUUCCUGCAAAGGCAUCAAAGGGAGUUAUGAAAAUGGAGUAUUAAGUGCGGAGGCUGGAGAAUGUAUGGCUGUGAGAGAAGCGCUUUCUUGGGCAAAGGAGAAAAGGCUAAAUCACAUCCAUAUUGAAGCUGAUGCAAAGCUAGUCAUCCAAUCUAUCACUGGAAGAAAUCUGCUAAUUCAGUGGGAGAAUAGGAACAUAAUAAAAGAGAUCAAAAACCUUAUGUCUUGUUUCAGUAGUUGCAUUUUUCGUUUGUUGGUAGAACUGAUAUCAAGUUGCUGAUACUAUAGUUA